UCCAUAAGAUGUGUUCGGUUAACAAGAAAGUUUUUUUCGUUAUUUUUGCGGUGUAUGUUUCAUCAUACUCGCAAGUUGAAACUGUAAAAUUUACACCUAUAAGAACAUCAGAUGCCCGAAUAAUCAGAAUUCAGGCUCAAACAUUAGCACAACGCGCGCAAACACGGCAAUUGCAACAAUUUCUUUCAAAACCACGUCAACGACCACCUCAUUCACCACACUCCUCAAUUAAUUCAGUUAAUUCGGUUAAUUCAGUGGCAAGUGUAAAUCCAAAUGUGCAAAGUUCAAAUUCAUUUUUAAACGGACUUCGUCCUAAUUCAGAGACUUUCAGUGAAUUACAAAGACAAACUGCAAAUAUGUUUAAUAAUGCAGGUCGAAUAAACUUAUUUCAAUCGCGCAGAUCUAAUUUUAUUCGUCGACUUCGUCCUAAUCCAGAAAAAAUGCGAAAAAUUGGAAACGGAUUAAAAAAUUCUGCCAUAGCACUUGGUGGUAUUGGCGGUGCUAUAAAUAUAGUAAAUGAGUUUUCAAAUAGCAAUGAAAAAAGUAACAACGAUGAUUCGAUUACAAUGAUAAAUACAACUGAGGUGAUGACGACAACCAAAGCCUCGGAAUAUCAUAACAGUCUCGAAAAUAACAUUGAUAUGAUCCCAAAUAUACACUUGGAAACAGCAUCGACAGUCAGAUCAAUUAGCUCUGAUACGCAAUUUUUUAAUAGCUCGGAUACGCACAUUCAAAACAGAACAAUAACAACAAAGUCAAUGUCAGCGCCAGUGAUUAUAGAACGAAACUAUACAGAUAUUUCAUGCAUGCCAACGACAACCGAAAAAUUUAAAGCUAAAAAUAAUAUAUUACAUAAUGCUUAUAUUCAACGUACACCGACAUCAUCGAUAAGACAUUAUUUGUAUUCACGCACUCCAUCGUUAAAUGAAAAAAAAGAACAAACGACAGCACCCAUGUCGAUCCUCACACAUGAAAAUGAUGUUAAUAGGACAUUGAAAUAUAAUAAGCAUAUUUCACAUACGACAACUGAAAAAAAUCUGAAUAAACAGUCCAUGCGAUCAACUGCUAAAUUGAAUAUAAUUAGAAGUAAUGAUACAUAUAUUCAACGCGUGUCUACAACGACAGUAAGAAAUUUUCUGUUGUCACGCGUCCCAUCACCAAAUUCAAUGUCAACUCGACUAAUUAAAAAUAGUUCAAAUUUGAGCGAUCCAAAUGUGAGGAAAUCACAAACGAAUAUAUAUUCACACAUUCCAUCGGCAUAUGACAUCACUAAAAAUUCAAUGUCAGCCCAUCACAUGAAUAACACGCACAUAUCAUCAAUUAAAAAAUCUAGCGAUCCGAAUAUAGCCAUGUAUGAAAAAAUCAGCAAUAAAUUGGCGGAGGUCGAAUCGCCGAGCUAUUUUUAAAUUAUUAGAUAUCAUUUUUCCUCUAUAUAAAGCCGUCCACAUACAUCAUAAAAUUUAGUAUCCCGUUAGAUCUGUGCACUUCACAUCAUUUUAAAAUCUAUUUAACUCCAACCGUUUUUACAUUUUUUCAUCGUAAUGGCAGUUUCAUUUAAAAAUCUGAUUGUGUUUUUAAUCAUCUGCAGUGUAUUUAAAUCAAUAAUCCCCGGUAGAAUUCCUCAGCAAAUUAAACAAAAUGUGAGCGAUUUACAUGAAAAUUCAAAUGAAAUUCAUCCAGCAAAUGCAAGUGUUAUUAAAUAUGAGAACCUUAACAUUCGCGAAAAACGUGGUAUAAUUUCAUUGUUACAAACCGUCGGUUCAUUAUUUUUUAAUGACUCUAGUGAUAUCGAGCUUUCGAACGUAGAAAACAUAACUGAAACUCAUAAUAUCAACGACAUUGAAAACGUUAAACGAUCCAAACGAUUUAUCGAUGUUUUGAAUGUAGUGCUUUUUGGAUUUCCACGUAUCAUAACCGAUGUUAUAUAUGCAAAUGGCAUUAGAAAUUAUAUAAAAAAUGUGAAAGAACUUGAUAGUCAAUUAUUGAAUAAUUUAAAAGAUGAUAUCGAAUCUAAAAAACAUAGAUCAAAACGUUCAAAUGCUCCCUUUUUCGCGUCUCUUGCACUUAUGGAAAUAGUUCACUAUAGAAGAGAAUUAGUUGACUUUUUUCUAGUAAAUGAUGAUGAUAAAACAGAAACAUCAGCUUUAAAACAACAAUUCAUUCGUUCUCAUCGGCAAGCUCCUCAUUUUGUGACAAAAUCAUGUAAAACCAAUGACAUUGUAGAGGUCAAAUCUCGGAAACGACGCAGUGUAAUAGCUACCAUGAUGCCUGUAGUGGGACGAUUAAUUGGCUGGACUGCAGCUAUGUCAAUUGCAGGAGUAAGCGCAGUCGCAGCCGAUAUUCUAAUUCGUGAUGCCAUCGCUCAAAAAAAUGCAAAAGCUUUAUCACGCAUAUCAAUCGAUUGUAAUUUGAAUCUCUAUGGCUGUUUGAAUGGAUUCUGUUGGCAUAACUGUGGGCCACGACUAUCAUCUGCCGAUUGGUGCUUCAGCACAAAAAAAAAUCUGACUGAGCAUCCUGUUGUUAUGACUCAAUGUUCGAAUGAUUUGGAUUGUUCUCCAUGUGAUGGAUGCGCAACAACAUGUUACAUGGAAGGAGGGACUGUAAAUGAAACGGGUCAAUUGAUGGUGUAAAAAAAUUCAAUUAAUAAUUUUCAAUGAUAUUUUUCUAUUGUUCUACUAACCAUCAAAUAAUUAUAUUUUCAUGUUAUUUUGUAGUAAACAUCAAAUAAUUAUAUUUUCCUGUUAUUUUGUACUAAACAUCAAAUAAUUAUAUUUUCCUGUUAUUUUGUACUAAACAUUAAAUAAUUAUAUUUUCCUGUUAUUUUUUCUA